AUGAACACAGAAGUGAUUUCAGCACCAGAAGCAGGGACAGCUUUCAACAGAAAGAGCAAAGUUGGACAGAGAGUGGUAGGUGAAGAAGGCUCAUGUGGCGGAACAAUCAGCCAGCGUCAGGCUACAAUAGAUGCAGGGAAAAUAGCUGGCCUCAACGUGCUGCGUCUCAUCAACGAGCCGACUGCAGCUGCCAUCGCAUACGCCAUGGACACGAGGAGCGACAGGCAACGCAAUGUUCUCAUCUUCGAUUGGGGUGGUGCCACCUUCAAUGUGUCCAUUCUGUCCAUCAGAGAUGGGAAGUUUGAGGUGAGGGCGGUUGGAGGUGAUACGCAUCUGGGUGGUGAGGACGUUUAUUCUCGACUGCUCGAUUACUGUGUGGGCACGUUUAAGCGAAAGUUCGAGGGCAAGUACUUGACUACCGACAUGAAGGGCAUCGGUUGUCUAAGAAAGGCAUAUGAAGUGGCAAAGAAGCUGAGUUCUGUUGAGUUUACCAAUAUGGAAGUAGAAUCGUUAAUCGAGGGCAUCGAUUUCAGUGUGACCCUCGCACGAACCCGAUUCGAACACUUGUGCUCAGACCUCUUUGAUGGGACGAUGAAUGCUGUGAAGAUGGCGCUGGUUGAUGCGGAAUUGGACAAGGCUGACAUCCAUGAGAUAUUAUUAGGCGAACGGACGAAGACGAGUGACAACUACUUCUUGGGCGAGUUUCAUUUGACGGGUUUUCCAGCGGUGCGGCGUGGUGAGAUUGAGUUUAAGAUGCCAUUUGAAAUUGACGCAAAUGGCAUUCUCCAUGUUUCGGCGGUGGAAAAGUCGACGGAGAAGCAGAAAAGCAUCACCAUCACCGACUACAAGUGUCGUCUGUCAAAGAGGGAGAUAGAACGAAAGCCGUUAGAUGCGGAGAAGUUUAAGCAGGAUGAAGAGAAGGAGAGGAGUAGGGUGGCGGCCAUGAAUGUGAUGGUGGACUGCAUCUACAGCAUGGAGAGGAAAAUGGAGAAGGAAGAGAUGAAGCAGAAGAUAUCGGAAGAGUGUCGACAAAACAUACUCUCGGGGUGUGAGGAAACGAUUGAGUGGACAAAAACGGAGAAAGAGGCCAGAAAGGAGGACUAG